GCUUCCUGCAUUCAAUCCCGUAUCCGCAUUAUCUUUCCCCGCUUGCACCAACCUCAGUUUCAAUUCUGCGCUUAACAUUUUGAAGGGCGGCUCUUUGUGCUAAUCACAAAAUGAUUGUUAUUGUAAGAACUCAGAACGCGAAUAUAAGGGCUGCAAAUUAUCCUUCCUUCAUCCCCCUUUAAGCUCUACAGAACGCGCAUUGCCAUCAGAAACAACACGCCCUUGUCGAAAGCGAUCACCAACCAUCACGAUAUCGGCGGGCACAAUGAGUGACUCCACUGAGAAAUCCCCUCCUUCGCUGGAACAUGGUGCGCUAGAGAGGGUCGGCUCCUCGAGUGUUGCUUUCGACCCCAAAGCCGAAAGUCGUCUCCGAACUAAAAUUGAUUGGAUGAUCAUGCCAACUGUUGUCCUCAUUUAUUUAUUUUGCUUCAUUGACAAGGCUAAUAUUGGAAACGCUCGAAUUGCUGGCCUUGAGGCGGAUCUCAAUAUGACAGGGCUUGACUACAAUGCGACCCUCUCCAUAUUCUACAUUUCCUACAUUCUCUUUGAGAUCCCAUCCAACAUUGUCUGCAAACUCAUUGGCCCAGGCUGGUUCCUUCCCAUACUUACUGUAUGCUUUGGAGCUUGCUCGAUUGCAACUGCUUGGGUCGACACUGUGCCACAAGCAAUGGGCAUACGAUUUCUUCUCGGACUUUUCGAGUCCGGUAUGAACCCAGGAAUGGCAUACUACCUAUCUCGUUGGUAUCGCCGAUCUGAGCUCACCUUUCGAAUCAGCCUUUAUAUCGUCAGCGCACCCUUGUCCGGGGCCUUUGGUGGCCUUCUCGCUUCCGCAAUCCUCCGUCUAGAUCAUUUUGGGACUCUCAAGACGUGGCGCAUGAUAUUUGCGAUAGAAGGAAUCAUCACUAUCGGUCUUGGGCUUAUUGCAUUCAUUACAUUAACGGAUCGCCCUGCCACCGCUCACUGGCUCUCUAACGACGAGAAAGAGCUUGCAGAGGCACGCAUUCGAUCUGAGAGAAUGGAACAAUCCAAGGUGCUGGAUCGAAUCGACAAGAAGAAGCUCAUCCACGGUAUCACAUCACCUGUUGUUUUGAGCAAUGCUAUAAUCUUUCUAUUCACCAAUAUUACCGCCCAAGGACUUGCGUUCUUUACACCGACUAUCGUUCGCACCAUCUACGGAGAUAAAUCCACUAUCCAGCAACAGCUCUACACAGUUCCUCCGUAUGUCAUGGGCUCCUUUCUGACAAUUAUCUUCGCGCUUCUGAGUUGGCGUGUGGAUCAACGUCAGAUCUUUUCCACUCUCUGCACGCCUCUCGUUAUCAUCGGUUAUAUCAUGUUCCUCGCAUCCGAUAAUGCGACAGUCAGAUACGCAGCAAUCUUCCUUGUUGCUUCCUCCAUCUUCAGUUUAGGGACGUUAACGACCAGCCAAGCUUCUGCGAAUGUGGUGUCAGAUACAGCAAGGUCUUCAGCUUUUGCUAUUAAUGCUAUGUUUGGAAACAUUGGCGGUCUUAUCUCGACAUGGUCUUUCCUGUCUUGGGAUGGCCCAGACUAUCCUAUCGGUAAUGGGUUGAACUUGGCAACCACUGUCUCGAUUUUGAUCGUCUCAUCCCUAACGCAUGUAUGGAUGAUUAGAGACAAUGCUUCGAGAGACAGAAAUGAGGCCGAGGCACUUGCAGCGAUGGAUGCCGCAUCGGAGCAGGAGGAAGAUUUGGACUGGAAGCAUCCUUCCUUCCGAUGGAAGCUCUAGUGGCUUGAAAUGAAGCCUUCCAGCUGGUCACACCAGUCUCCCGUUGAAACUAUGUGUUCAUCAGGUUAAUG